AUGAUGUCUAACAAGUCUUUGGAUAUUUGUCAUGAGGAUGAUCAUAACAUUUUAACUACCACCCCUGAAUUUCUUGCUUAUGUGGCUAAACAACUGUCUCAGUAUCUUGAUAAUGAAUUAGCUGAAUCAAUAUCAGACAAUGUUUGGCAUUCAACUCCACCCCCACAGCUGUUGAAUCCCCAACCCAGAAAACACAAGUUGAGCACAAGUUCAGAAAGCUCAGAAGAUGAGAAAAUUUCAGCAUGUGUAUUUUCUGUAACAGACCUAGAGGAAGAAAUUGAAAGGCUGGCUGGGAUUAAGUCGCAGACUAAAGCAAUAGUGGACUCUGUCCAGGCUACUGUUAAAGAAGUUGCAAAAAAAAUAAAAUAA